AUGGCACGGAACAUUGAGACGAUGGCGGAAACGUACAUCAGACUGAAGGCUGAAGCUAGGCGGAUUGGACUUGCCAUCAACGCUUCAAAGACAAAAUGCAUGAAAGGAAGAGGUUCUAGGGAAGACAAUGUUAGCCUCCCACCCCGAGUUCAGAUUGACGGUAACGAAAUCGAGAUGGUCGAUGAGUUCGUGUAUUUGGGCUCACUGGUGACCGCCGAAAAUGAUACCAGCAGAGAAAUUCAAAGACGCAUUAUGGCAGGGAAUCGUGUCUACUUUGUACUCCGGAGGACGCUCCGGUCGAAUAAAAUUCGCUGCCGCAUGCAUUUGACUGUCUACAAGACGCUGAUUAGACCGGUGAUCCUUUACGGCUACGAGACCUGGACUAUGCUCGUGGAGGACCAACGUGCCCUUGGUGUUUUCGAACAGAACGUGCGACCCAACAGGAACAAGAAGAAGAGGCGCGCAACGGGCAAGGUGGAUCGACCAAGUAGAAGGCCAACUGCGGAACCUUCGCAGACUACGAGGCUGGCGAAGUGUGGCCAUGGAUCGAGUAGAGUGGAGACGACUUCUUCGGACAGCAGAUGGCAACAAGGCCUUAGCCUGAUUGGUAAGGGAAGUUCUGAACGUAAUUCUUGCUGA